AUGCCGCCACGCAAGCGCAAGGCGGCUAAGACCUCCGCGCCGGUGGUGGUCGAGCUCUCAUCCGACGACGAGCCGGCGGCCGACUCGCGCCGUCGCUCGCGGCGCAAGCAGGUUCGCGCACAUGCGCCUCGCUCUGUGGCAACACCAACCACGAGCCGAUGGGUCCGGAUCGGCGACGGAGGACGCGAGCCCAUCUGCCUCACCUGGGGUGACUACCGCCGGCUCGGCACGCCAGACGGCACGGUCGGCCCGGAGCAGCUGCUUCUCAACGACACCCUGGUCGAAUGGUACCUGCGCUUCAAGCUCGAGAAGCAGCUGCGCCAGCUCGGGCUCGCCGAGCGGACCUACAUCUUCUCCCCUUUCUUCAUCAAGCGCCUCCGCCUCGCCCUGCAGCGCCGAGGCGCCCCUACACGCAACUGCGGCGAGGCCGGCGAGGGCAAGGGAGGCGAGUGGGAGGGGGAGGCGGAGGCGGUGGCGGCGUCGGUGGCCGUGCUGCCGCCGGCGGAGAGUGUAGUCGUGGGCGGCGGCGCAGCAGACGCAGUGAUUGCCACCGUCACGCCCGAGGUGGACCUGACUGCGGCUCCGGCGGAGGCGCAGGCGGCGGAGGAGGCGCAGGCGGCGCAGGCGGCGCAGGCGGCGGAGGAGGCGCAGGCGGCGGCUGGGGCUGCCGAGGGGGAGGUUGGCGGUGCUGCGGCGGCGGUGCCGCUGACGGAGGUGGGUCUCGCUGCCGUGGGCGGCGGGGCGGCGGGAGGGAGUUCGGCGGCGGGAGGCAGCUCCGUGACCGGGGUGGGGGGGGAGGAGGAGGCGGAGACGGAGGAGAAGGUGGCCGGGGAGGAGGUGGCGCAGGAGGAGGAGGAGGAGGUGAGCGACUCGGAGGAGGAGAAGGAGGAGCCGAUGCAGGAGGCGGAGGAGGCGGAGGAGGCGGAGGAGGCGGAGGAGGCGGAGGAGGCGGAGGAGGCGGGGCUGGCGGCGGUGGCGGCGCCAGAGGCGGGCGGCGCGGCGCAGCCCGCAGAGGCGGAGGCGGUGAUGGCGGAGGCGGUGAUAGCGGAGGCGGCCGCGGCGCGAGCGGGCGAGGGGUCGGCAGCGGAGGCGAUGGCAGCGGCGGAGGCGACGGUGACGGUGGCGGCGGCGGACGGCCAGGCGGCUGCCGUGGUGGAGGGGAGCCCGGACGAGAAGGGCGUGGCGUGGUUCACGGCGCAGUCGCUGCCUCACAUCAUCUGCCAUCUCGCGCCACAGCAAGACAACGACUACGACUGCGGCGAGCACACGCCCCCCCCCCGCAGCGCACGCCCCCCGCAGCGCACGCCCCCUCUUCUCGCGACAUGA